GUGACACCGAUAAAAGAAGUCGGAGGAAGUGUUGACUGGCUUUAUCACCCAUAUUAUUUUAGGCGGACUGGCCUGAUCAGCGUCUACGCUUAACAUUAUUUAGCAUGGUCAUGUUGCUCGCUGAAGGUGCACAGCUCAAAAAUGGACGAAAGAAUUGGUGACUGAGUGAGAGGAGACACAUAAGCCCCCCUCUCUCUCUCUCCACCCUGUGACACCCUCCACCCCGCCGCCCCUGGACAGCUCCGUCCCUUCCCGGCGGCCGCGAUGGAGAAGCCGUGGAGGUUGUGGGGGCCGCUGGGCCGCUGCAUGCUGACCACGGGCUCUUGGCUCUGGGGCGCCUGCCGCAUCUCGUUGCUGGCGCUCAUUCUGACCUUCCACCUGUACGGCGGUUACCUGCUGCUGGGGCUCAUCCUGUGCUCGGUGGCCGGCAUCCUCUACAAGUUCCAGGACGUGCUGCUCUACUUCCCCGACCAGCCGUCGUCGUCGCGCCUCUACGUGCCCGUGCCGACGGGCAUCCCGCACGAGAGCGUGUUCGUGCGCGCCAAGGACGGCGUGCGCCUCAGCCUCAUCCUGCUCCGCUACACCGGCGACCCGGGCGUCACCGACCCCACCACGCCCGCCCCCACCAUCCUCUAUUUCCACGGCAACGCGGGCAACAUCGGCCACCGCGUGCCCAACGCGCUGCUCAUGCUGGUCAACCUGAAGGCGCACGUGGUGCUGCUGGACUACCGCGGCUACGGCAAGAGCGAGGGCGAGCCCAGCGAGGAGGGCCUGUGGCGGGACGCCGAGGCGGCGCUGGACUUUGUCAUGACGCGGCCCGAGGUGGACAAGACCAAGGUGGUGCUGUUCGGCCGCUCGCUCGGCGGCGCCGUGGCCAUCCGGCUGGCGGCGGCCAACCCGCACCGCGUGGCGGCGCUGAUCGUGGAGAACACCUUCCUGAGCAUCCCGCACAUGGCCGCCACGCUCUUCUCCUUCCUGCCCGUGCGCCACCUGCCGCUCUGGUGCUACCGCAACCAGUUCCUGUCGUACCGGCAGGUGGCGCAGUGCCGCAUGCCCUCGCUGUUCGUCUCGGGCCUGUCGGACCAGCUCAUCCCGCCCGUCAUGAUGAAGCAGCUGUACGAGCUCUCGCCCGCACGGACUAAGCGGCUGGGCAUCUUCCCCGAGGGCACGCACAACGACACGUGGCAGUGCCAGGGCUACUUUGCCGCCCUCGAGCAAUUCAUGAAAGAGCUGCUCAAGAGCCAUGCCCAGGAGGAGACGGCACAGGGCUCUGCCAGCGUCACCAUCAUCUGAGGGAGGGCAGGGAGGGUCGCCGGAGAGACACCUCGUAGGCCUCCUCCUCCGUGCCGUGGGGUUUGCCGCCAUCUUCGCUCAAACAACAUCCAUUAUUUGGGUCUAAAUCAGAAUGUACACUUUUUUUCUAUCCUUUUCAACUUUUCUUUUUCUUUUUUCUUGUUUUUCCAUCGGACAAACCUCACUGACUUACGCUAAUGUAACCAGACACAACGAUGGUAGGACCAGGACGUGUGUGUGGUGACAUGGGAGUAGAAAUGUAAAAAUGUUUUCUGAGUGAGACAUUUUUUUCCCUCCCCUUAAAGUUACAGUGAAUGCAUGAGAAAGAAAUAUCAAUUAUGACCAUACCCAUGAUCUGACUGUAUAUUUACGUUUGCCUAAUAUAUACAUCUGACUGAAGUCACUGAUCAGUGAAUUUAUCUGAAAUAUAUUAAUCCAUUGAAUCACUAUUUUGCCGUACUGUAGAGGAGAGGAAGGCUACCUAAUUACAAAACUCGUGAAGUUUGAUUUGUGGUGUGAAUUUCUGUGUGCGCGUGUGCACUGUCAAACUCUUAACUAAAGAAAUUAAAACAAUAAUGAUUAUUUGAAAUUUGAAAUUCUGAUUCAUAAAGUACGUAAGUGCAUAAUGUCCAAGCCUUCGGGUCAAAGCACUUAGCAUCCCUCUUGCAAAUGGAUUAAUAGACAACACACAGACUACUUGUUGAAAUUAAACCAAAUGUUGCAAUGAGAAACACAUUUUCAGCACACAGUGUUAUUCUGUAGUUGCAGUAUCAAUGUAUCAAACAAUGCAGUUGGGUAGAAGGAGGUGAGGUGCAGGUGGACCUCGGCUAUAACCUGUCAUUAUUUUGGAAAUACAGUAUGUUUGUGAAAAGACCAAAAAUGACAUAUCUUUGCACACAUGUUUUGGUCCAGUGAGUAUUUUAUGUUGUUUUACUGGAUGCAGCCCCCUUGUAAAACCCUCACAGAAUGAAUGCCCCAGUCUCCUUGACGACCUAUUCAAAAUGUAUGCUGCAUAACCACAGAAGUCCAACCUGUUUACCAGUUUGUCCGGAUGUAAAUAAGCAAAUUACAUCAUCAACUGUGCUGCUUAUCAUUGUACUCUCUCUUUUUUUUUCCUGAUCUUUCCAUGAUUUUGGAGAUUAUGGCGUUGGGCAUGUACAAAAAAUAUGUCUAAAUGUUUGAGCGUUUGCCUGUUUGAGUCGUAUUUAUAGGUUUUUGGGUAGGUCGAUGCAGACACUGGGAGCUGUGUGCCCCUGUACUCAGAGAAGAUACAGGCUUUAAAAAAAAAAAAAAUCAAAGCAAAUCAAUCAAUCGUGGUCUGUUCGUGGCGUGCAAGAACAGCAAAGUGGUCCUAAGCUUGUCUUCCAGAGGGCAUGGCAGCCAUACUAGCAGAACUUUUGGGCAUGAGGGUUGUACCACCACUGCCCAGGGGCAUGAGUGAUGUACCACCACUGCCCUGGGGCAUGGGGUGGGCACCACCUCUGCCUAAGGGGCACUUGGGGCAUGAGGAAGGUUACGGCCUUUGCCCAGGAGGCACCAAGCCAUUACAGUUCCUGAUCUGCACUGUCCCAAGCAGAUUUCUUGUGAUUUUACUUUUCGUUUCCCUUUCUUAACAUGACUGUGCUCUCAACAGACUUGGCUCUGUGUUGGCUUGUUUCUGAUGUACAAAAGUAAGCUAUGAUAAGUUUCAUAAAAAUUAUUUUCAAAAAGUUUUUUCAUCUUUCAUAUGGUGUCAAGUUGUAAAGUGAUGCAAAGUAGGGAUUUGUAAAGCAUGGAUUAACAUGUUUUUUUUUUUUUUCUUUCUUGCCUUACAUUAGUAACUGUUUCAUCUGGCAUACUGAGCACUUUCUCUGGGUGUCCUGUGUAACUGUGUGACUGUCUGUGUGUGUGUGUGUGUGUGUGUGUGUGUGUGUAUGCGUGUCUGUGUGGGUGGUGGGCAGUGUGUGUGUACGCAUAUGUGUUUGUAUGUGAAGGUGUUUGUGAUAAGUCCUGACUGGAGCCUGGAAUUUGUAAAACACACUGAUAUUUUCUUAUGUAUUGAUUUUGAUCGCAAAUGCAGUGUAGAUACAUUAUCAUUUGAUUGGAUGAAUGUCAUUUAAGUAUGACUCUUAAAUUCCAUUACAUAUAUACACUUUAUUUUAAGUUAAAUGUUCUUUAUAAUUUUUUCCCCCUUGACCUUGAUGUAAUUUAGAACCACACUGGUUAACCUUGAAUCUUUUCCAUUGAAACUCAGCAUCAGAUCAAUUAGAGAAAAGGUGAUUAGCAUAGUCCUAUUCCAUUGUCCUUACAUGGUGCACGCUAAAGUGUCUAUCCUACAGCAGAGAAGUGGACCAGUGUCUCCCCGAGGCUCAUGUGCGAGAGGUCACUCAGAGACCACCACUAGGGGAAUUAGUUCGCUGCCACUGACUAAUGUGUGUGCAGUGUAACUCGAAACGACUAGCGAGAGAUUACGUAACGGGCCAUUCUCAGAACGCCAGUGGUUGCCUCUUUCUGUGAGCGAACUGGGUUAGGCAUGUCACUAAUCCGUGUCCUUGUAAUACCCCCCCCCCCCCCUUCCCCCAGGCCUUGUCAUCAUCUUUUUAAGUGCUUUUGACGCACAGUGAAAUUAUGAGUGCAGUGGAGGGCGUGGAAGUACUUGACCGUGUCUUGACUUGUGCUGCCGUUGCUGGUGGUUCCAGGAGCUUUGCCGUGAAUGUGUUUUACUGUCCGAAUCUGUGAGAGGAGCUCCCUCUGCUGCGCAUCCUUAGACUGAUCAACUGGACUUUGGUUCAGUUCCCAUGGACCUUCACCCACUGAACACACACACACACACACACACACACACACACACACACACACAUACUGUACACUCGCACAUACACCAUUCAUUACCUUGGUCUUGUUAGCAGCAUGUCUUUGUUUUAGUUCCUUGAUUAUUUCAUUACUUCUGACAUGGUGCAAUUGUUUGUUUGUUUGUUUUGUUUAUUUUGUUUUGUGUUUCUGUUCAUGUGUUCUGAUGACUGGAAGUUUUAUGUAUGGCAACAGCAUAUUUAGUCACCAUUGCUAUCGCUUCAUCAUGGCAAGGAUUUGUCGACAGCAAUUUUGCCUUUGGCAAGUUUUGUUCAAUGUGGAUUUGAAACGCUUGGUUGUGUUUUGUCCUUCUCUCAUCCUAGUAAUGAUCAACAGCACAUGUAUUAGCAGGAUGUGUAUAUUUUCUCAUUUCAUGUUAUUCUUUUCUAUGCACUCAGUCACACUUUCUAUUACUUGUACAGUUACAGUACAUGCAAUAAAGACAUGUAAAUCAAA